AUGAACAUAUCUUCCAAAGCACAACCACCUACUACCAGCUUACCCAAUAUUAUCUCAGCCGCUCACAAACGUUUUAAGCCUAUAGAGACAUGUGACAACUGUAAACAACGUAAAGUAAGAUGUGAUAAAGAAAGACCUACGUGUGGUACUUGUCGCAAGUCCGGAAGAGAAUGUACUUAUGAUUUUUCUGCAUCCUCUAAGCGUGGUCGACCAAAAACUGAUGUUGAAAUAUUGCAAGAACAGAUUGAAGACAUUCAAUCUGUGCAAUAUCAACAGUUAGACCAAAUGGAAUCACUCUUGGAAAUGGCUGUUAUGAAAAACGGUGAUGCAGCUAUCAUACCUUCGAAUGCGGGUGAUAAUAUUGAUAUGAAUUUUGCUAUACAAAAUAGUGCGGGACAAGAUGGAAAUUUUAUUAAUAGUGGAGGAAUUUACAAUUGGGAAAAUUUUUUUCAAAUAGAUAGAGAAUCAAGUCCUCCACCUAGCCUAAAUCAAAAUUUGUCUCAAGAGACAUUACAAUUCUCUACUCAAUUAGCCGCUUCACUCCCUAAGCUUAAACAACAAGAGUCGGUUCCAGUUACAGAUUCGAUGUCAUAUAUCGCGGGUUUUGCCCAAGAUCCCGUCGAUCAACUUGCAGAUCAAUUGGACAAUAGCUUGAAAAUAUUUGAGUCUACCCGAUAUGUCGGUACUGGGUCUCUAUUAAUGUUAAGUGAUGGCGGUGAAGAACAAAUUAUUCCUCAACUUCCAGAUGAUUUGUCUUCCGUUGAGCCAUAUUUAAAAGUAUUACCAAAUCCCGAAAAUGUAGAGAGUUUGAUCGAUAUAUAUUAUAAGAGAGUAUAUCGUCAUUUUCCUCAUCUGAAGAAAAGGGUGGUUCUCGACUGCAUUAAAGAUUUAUCGAGACCACAACACUUCCUUUUGUUAAAUAGCAUGUUUUUCGCAGCUUCUCCUUUUCAUUCGGAUGUAAAUAUGCAGGAUGGCCGCAUAUAUCAUCAGAGAGCAAUAGCGCUUUUGCAAAAUCAUUGCCUUCAAACUCCUCAUGUAUUAACUGUUAUUAGUUUAUUUAUACUUGGCCUUCAUACCAGAAAGAUGGGAUCUGCAUGGAUCUUUCAUGGUAUGGCUUCAAAAAUGACAUUUGAAUUAGGGCUACAUCGUAAAAUCAAAAAUCAACAAAUUAAAAUGAACGACGAUGUUAAGGAAAUGAGAGAUAUGGCUUUUUGGGGAUCAUGUUAUGGUCGUCCUAGCGCUAUUGAUGAAGCAACUUGCGACGUUGAUCUUCUCUCAAUACCGUCUAAUCCUGAUUCAGAUGAUGAUACUCGGCUACAUAUUGCAUGGAUUCUUCAUAUUAAUUUAUUUCGUAUUUUCGCUCAAGUGCGCAAAUAUUUAUAUGGACGUGCUAAAAUAGCCGGUAGUCGUCGUGAAGAAAAUCAAUUUAGAUUUUUAGAUGCUGCGUUGGGUAGAUGGUUUUAUACUCUACCUCAUUGGCUGAAGUUCGAAGAAAUGGCUCGAGAUGUACAAGGAAGUUUGUUGGGAACAAUUGGAGGAGAAAUGCACACAUUAUUCUGGACGGUACUUAUUCUUCUCCAUAGUAGAAAUUUAACUAUGUUUACAGUAAAUCCAAACACCAUCACGCCAAAUUCUUUUGAUGACGCAUCUCGUGUAUCAUCUCAAACCAUUUGUAUUCAUGCAGCUACCAUACUACUACAUUGGCUUGAUGUGCUUAUGAAUUCUAUGCCAAGUUUUUAUGAGCAAUCUUGUACAGCAUUAUUUUCUAUUGCACCUGCCAUACGCGUUUUAGCUUGGACAGCUCAAAGAGGAGAUACUAAAGCCGAAAGUAUGGUAGAGAGACUAAAAGAAAUUAAAAAGAACGUUAGAGAUAUUGCAAGGAAAAGGCAACAAGGAGGAGAGGGUAGAUUGGAUGGAGAAGUAAGGUUGCAAGAAUGGUUAGAUAAAGCCAAAGCAGAUGAAGCUAAAAAUACACAAGCAAGAGCAGGAGAAUAUAUAAUGCUUGACCCAGAUCAAUAUAGGAAAGAAUUUUCGUAUAUUGCAAAUAAAGGCAAUCCUAAUAAUCGUAUACGUAAUAACGACAAUAAGUCAACGUUAUGGCCUAAUGAUAAGGACAAUUUUAAUUUUACCUUUACUGUGGACACUUUUAGUAAUAAUGAAUUUCGUGAUAGAUCUUCACAACCUUUAUCAUCACCGAAUGAUUCAUCAUUUGUAAGCCAUCAAUAUCAACAACAACCUUCUAAUCUCUUGUUCACUACUCUUUCCCCACCAAAUGCUUCUGCUUCUACAUCACCAAAUCCUGAUCGUACAUCAUUUCAUUCUUCUCAUGCGCCAAUUUUUGGCGGAACGAAUAUUAUUUAUAAGAAUGAAAUUAUGAAUAAUAAUAUCUGA